AUAGUAGUCAUCGUUUCGAAAUUCUUAAACACAGUUCGAUAGACACGUCUGGAAGCCAUCUUUCGGUUUACACAGCAUGGAAAAUUCUUGUAAAGCGACCUGUUACGAGCUGUUUCCCGAUGCUCUUCCCGCAUUCGACACAGUUCCAUCGCUCGAAGCGGAGCUGCGGCAAGGUGCAAAGGAGCGAUUGGCCAGCAAAAAGCUAAUAGCACAACAAAAAGCGACCGAAAAACGGCACAUUGUGCCUACCGUUACGAAGCUAAUGUAUCCAAGCCCACCAAAGUACCGAAAAUGUCAUCACAGCGAUAACUUUGUGCUGGAUCGGGAGGUGCUGAAACCAGACGAUCAUAUUGCUUUCAUUGCACGUCCGAAAGAAGUGCAACCCCGAAAGAGACCGUAUUACAUCCGGCACAAACUUUCCUCGGCAACGAAUCGCAUCAAAACAUUAGCCAGACCCGGCACAUCCCACGUUAAGGCCACACUCGAACACUAUUCGACACAGCUAUCGCCAAAGCAAGUGCAACACCUGCGCAGCCGCUUGGAACCGAAACCCUUCGUAACGAUCGAGGAAUCGAUCGGGUACGCCCGGCAGCAGCGCUCGGAUGAUGCAAUGUGGCGACGGCAUAUGGCAAGGCAGGAACGGAAAUUACUUCACAAAAUUCACCAUUGGGAAAUUGAAAUACUGCGUCACACGAUGGAAACCCUAGCGAAAAGGCUAAGAGAGUUCUAUCUCUCGCCAGCUGAUCCCGUACCGCUAACGGAAGAAGCGGAACGCAUUUCUCGGGAAGUGCUCGGCUGUAUUUGUCGCUUCUUGGACGUACCCAUGCCCGCCGGAAGUCGUAAGGAUAGCGACGCGACGGACAGCGAUGUUAUCGAUGAUUUCUUCGUCGAGUUUUCGCAAAAAGUGGGACACUGGGUGUGGAGAAUGAUGCAACAGACUGGGCUAUCGUUCUGCAAACAAAAAUCCUUCUCAUACGCAAGAACAUCGGAAUCGUUCAUAUCCGUCAAUUCGAGUGUGUUUGAGCUACCGGCGGGUGGGGAUGAAGUAGCUGUUGGGGAGGAACAGUUGGAUCCACUGAGCAUCCUCUCGCUGGAGCUUGUCCACGACUGUCUGGAUGCGGCGGUCCUUACCGUGGAGCAGGGCAUUUUUGAACGGCGCAACAGUGUGUGUAUCGAAAGUGAGGUGAAAAGUGGAGUGAAGGAAGAAGAAAUUGCAACAGAAAUGGGUGAAACUAGCGAAAAAUGGAGUGAGCUGGAGGGUUCGGAUACCGUAACAGAACCAACGUUGGAAGCACUUGACGACGAUCAAGUGACGGUUAUAGAAAAUAUUCCAAACGAUGAGACGGAUGAAGAAAUGACGGACCCGGUCGGGGCGGAAGAGCUAGAGGAAAAUCGGCAGCAAACUUAAAGCGUACCACAACUUACUUUUGAUCUGAUUCCACUCCAUGCUGGAAAACAUUGCCUGCCCGUAAACGGCACACGAGUCCGGAUUACGCAGCAACUCCGGUGGCAUCAGCUUGAACAGUACUGGCAGGAGAAGCUGUAAAAUAAAAAUUUAUUACCACUAA